AUGACUACUUCAAUUUCGAACAACGUAGAUGAGGUUAACAAUGCGAAAGUAUUAUAUAAAGAUAUAAACGAUUAUCUAGACUUCUUGGCUGAUAUUCUACAAACAGAAACAGAUGAAAGUGAUGAACCUAUCUCUCCAACCGUUGAAAAAUUCUUGAAAGAAUACCAAGAAUACGUUAGCAGUAAUGCUCCACCACUUAGCUCUUCUCCGACAUCUUAUUCUACUGGUUCUACUUCUUCAAAUUCCUCAAAAAGAAAUUCGAGACGAUCAAGCAUUUAUAAACCCAAUUUAUGGAGAUAUUCUUUAGGGUGCGAAAAUGAAUGUUCAAGAGCUCCCCCAAAAUCUGUUAAGCGUCUUUCUCUUCCAACAACUGCCUCACUUUCGGAAAUCGAUUUUGACAAGCAAGGAUUCGCCAUGUUUUCUCCGCUUCUUAAAUCACAAUCUAAUGACAAAAUCGAUGAAAACGCUGAAGAAAAUACUCUCAAUAAUAAUAACUUGUUUUUGGAUAGUCCUUCCAUGAAAUUAUUGAAGCAAUUGGAUAAUACUAAAUCGGAUCAAACUAUUGCCAAAGUUGAUAAAUCUCCAGUUACUAAUUUACUUACUAAAAUAUUUGGUGACAAUUUCUUUGGAGAUAAGAAAACUGAUGCGAAUCAAGCUAAAUCUGAAAAGUCCAAUGAAGUCUCGGUACCUGACAAUAACAGUAAUAACAGGGAAGCUGGUACACAAACUAGAGAACCAGUUAAUUUAGUUGAAAUUUUUUUGUCUUUAGCAAAAAUUGGUAAUAUCUCUCGUGCUGAUUAUCUUCCUUCAUGUGUGCGAUGGGAUCAAUGGGAUCGAUGGGAAUUUUAUUAA